AAACAAAAGAAAAAGUAAGGAAAGAAAAGAAAGAAGGAGGAAGAAACAACGGAAGUACGGUGCUCCAAUAAUGGAGUUUUGAAGAAGUUGCAAUUGCAAACCCUUUGUUCUCAGGAUAUUUAACUCUCCAAUCACAUAUACUCUUGUGGUACAACAGCAUGAAUUCUUUUGUGUGCUGCUUUGGGAGAAGGAAAACCAUAUGUACAUCUCGGUAUGAGGAGUCUACAAUUCUUGCUUCUGAAACUGCUUUUACUGUGAAUGAAGUAGAAGCUUUGUAUGAUAUGUUCAAGAAGUUAAGCAGUUCCAUAUUUGAUGAUGGUUCUAUCCACAAGGAAGAAUUCUUACUUGCACUUUUUGGAAAUAGAAACAAGCAAAAUCUCUUUGCAGACAGAGUAUUUGAUUUAUUUGAUGUUAAACAUAAGGGAGUUAUUGAAUUUGGAGAGUUUGUGCGGUCAUUAAGUGUAUUCCACCCAAAUGCUUCCCAAGAAGAUAAAACUACAUUUGCAUUUAAAUUGUAUGAUCUACAGCAAACUGGCUACAUUGAACGGGAGGAGCUGGAGGAGAUGGUACUGGCUUUACUGAGUGAAUCUGAUUUGUCCCUCUCAAGUGAUGUAGUAAAAUUUGUGGUGGACAAGACAAUGAUGCAGGCAGAUUCAAAAGGAGAUGGGAAGAUUGAUCAAGAAGAAUGGAGAGAAUUUGUAGCAAAGAAUCCAUCUCUCAUGAAGAACAUGACUCUGCCAUGUUUGAAGGAACUAACACUAGCAUUUCCGAGUUUUGUGCUUACCACUGAAGUACCAGACUAGCUUGGUGUGCCAAAAAAGAUGCAGGAUCUUUUUGAGUUGUCCCCUGAGAUCCUACUAAACUCUAGAAAAACAUAUAUGGGGAAGUGGGGUUGCAUUUGAGGUGCUGACAGAAAGGCUAAGGAACCCAUAACUUGAUGUCAAUAUCUCUCCACAACUUGUAACAAGACUCUGUUUCACCAAUUACUCCAUGGGAUUCAAUCAGCUGAUUUCAUGUAUACCAAGGGUUCUAAUUUUUGUUCCUAAAGCCUGUAUUCUUUCUCAACAAGGUUCAAUAGUUUUCUGUGGUUGUUUCUAGUUGAACUCACUGUUGCAUGGUAUUUAGCAUAAUAAAACAUUACUAUUUUC